GUUAGAGGCACAUUGUAAAGCAAGCGGACAGUGAAGAGUAAGUAGAUCUGUGAUUUGGGCUUUACUGGUGUGAAAAAUCGCACUGAAGAUGGUGUCUUCCUACCCUUUACCGGAUGGUUUCUCAGACUUUGAUGUAUUCUCUUUGGGAUCUUGUCUGCUAGUGGAGGGUCUUCUGGGAUUCUUCCUGAAUGCUGUGACAGUCGCUGCUUUCCUCAAAAUAAGAGAACUGAGAACCCCCAGCAAUUUCCUAGUCUUGAGUUUGGCAUUGGCCGAUAUGGGCAUCUCUACGAACGCAACCAUUGCUGCUUUCUCCAGUUUUCUGAGGUACUGGCCCUAUGGCUCUGAUGGCUGCCAGACUCAUGGCUUCCAGGGAUUUGUGACAGCUCUCGCCAGCAUCCACUUCAUUGCUGCCAUUGCAUGGGACAGAUACCACCAGUACUGCACAAGGACAAAGCUACAGUGGAGCAGUGCCAUCACUCUGGCUAUUUUCAUCUGGCUGUUCACCGCCUUCUGGUCAGCCAUGCCCCUCAUUGGCUGGGGAGAGUAUGACUACGAACCACUCAGGACAUGCUGUACCCUGGACUACAGCAAAGGAGACAGCAACUAUGCAUCCUACCUCAUCCCCAUGGCCAUUUUCAACAUGGCCAUCCAGACCUUUGUUGUCAUGUCCUCCUACCAGUCCAUCGGCCAGAAAUUCAAAAAGACUGGAAACCCCAGGUUUAACACAUCCACUCCCCUGAAGACAUUUUUGUUCUGCUGGGGACCCUAUGGAGUCCUUGCCUUCUACGCUGCUGUUGAGAAUGCCAACUUGGUCUCUCCCAAAAUUAGGAUGUUGGCUCCUAUUCUGGCAAAGACCUCUCCUACCUUCAAUGUUUUCGUGUACGCCCUGGGCAAUGAGAACUACAGAGGAGGCAUCUGGCAGUUCCUCACUGGGGAAAAGACUGAAGUGCCUCAAAUUGAGAACAAGUUCAAAUAAACUAAGCAUGUGAAAAUCA